AUGGUGAAUAGGGGGUUUGCUCAAACAGAAAUGUAUGGUGGCAGAGGUGGUGGCAGAGGAGGUGGCGGCAGAGGUGGAGGAUUUUGGUGGUGGUGGAAGAGGUGGUUUUGGUGGCAGAGAGGUGGUGGUUUCCGUGGAGGCCGAGGAGGAGGAUUUGGAGGACGUGACCAGGGUCCUCCAGAAAGGGUUCUUGAAUAUGCCCUUUUCACACACACAGCCCAGGAAGAUCUAGUGUGUAAAGUGACUCACAAAGAUGUCCCAUAUUUUAAUGCACCAAUUUUUCUUCAGAACAAAGAGCAAAUUGGAAAAGUUGAUGAAAUCUUCGGAACUCCACACGAUAAAUAUAUUUCAGUGAAGCUGGGUGAAAAUUUCAAAGCAUCUUCAUUCGAAAAAGAUACAAAGCUCUUCAUUGAUGAAGCCAAACUUCUACCAUUGUUUAUGUUCUUGCCUGGUCACAAGAGAGGUGGCGGCAGAGGUGGCCGAGGUGGACGUGAGGUCGUGAAGGCCUGCACAUUGUAUGAUUUAAAGAUUGAUAUGCUACAGAGUAUUAGCUUUGGACAUAUUGUUCACAUUCUUUAUUACAUGUUCAUUAAUUUGAAGUUUGAGAGAAAACGAAGCUUGAGUAUUAACAUUCUGAUGAUGAAAAUGAUCAGUGAAAUUAAAACAUACUAUUAUUCAUCACUUUUAUGCCAUGGUUUCCACACUUGUCAACUGUUUCUGAGUAAAGAGUGUAGAGGUUCAGCAUACCUCAGUACCCACUUCCUAGAUGCUGCUACUGUAUGGCUUGGCUUGAAUGCAUUUGUGAGUGUUAUAAACACAAAUAUGUGGGAUACAUAUGGCUACAUGUCUUAA